UCUGCUAAAAUGUGCUACUGUACCUAGGCAAACGCAUGUACUUGCCGUCUCUCAUUUCGUUAUUACGAUACGACCAAAUCCAAAUCUCUACAGUAGCAUUCAUCUCUUUUCUCCUAUCUAUAAUUAUAUAUACAAAUCGUUUCCCUUUCAAUUCUUUAUUCACAUCCCUCUAUCUCUAUCUCCAAUUUGUUUUAGUCAAUUCAAACCCCACUGCACAAUCCUUUUAGAAAAACAAAUUAAAAUUGAAUUAAUUACUUCACCACCGACGCGGAAAUGGAUCCAUUUUUAGAUCUCUACUUUCUUCCUUAGCUUCAGUGUUAUCACUUUCUUUCUUCUUUAAGAAAAAGAAGAAGAAAAGAAUAAACCCCACCAAAACAAUAAACAAACGUUUCUCUAAACUAAAUCAGAUCGAUAUAAAUUCAAUGGCUGUUGCCGUCCGUGGAGGCAGAGGUGGCGGAGGAUCCGGCGGAUUCAAUGCCGGUAUCCUCCGUAGCUUCUUCUCUUACAGGAUCUUAGUCUCUGCUAUGUUCACUCUUCUUUUUCUCGCUACACUCUCUGUUCUUCUCACUACUCACCCACCUACUUCUCCUCAUGAAUCUUCAUUGCCAAGUAGUGGAGAUGCUUAUGUACAGAGGACAUUUUUGGCAUUAAAUUCAGAUCCACUGAAAACUCGUUUGGAUUUGAUAUACAAACAAGCUAGUGAUCAUAUGACCUUAGUGAAUGCUUAUGCUGCUUAUGCUAGAAAGCUUAAGCUCGAUAUUUCUAGACAAUUGAGAAUGUUUGAUGAUUUAGCUAAGAAUUUCACUGAUAUAACUUCAAAACCCAAUUAUAAGAUUUCCUUGUUUGAAUCAGAAGGUGCUAUUGAUGAGGAUAUUUUGAGACAGUUUGAGAAAGAAAUUAAAGAAAGGGUUAAAGUUGCAAGAUUGAUGAUUGCCGAAACAAAAGAGAGUUACGAUAAUCAAAUUAAGAUUCAGAAGCUUAAAGAUACUAUAUUUGCUGUUAAUGAAUUGUUGGUUAAGGCAAGAAAGAAUGGGGCUUUUGCGAGUUUGAUUUCUGCGAAAUCGAUUCCCAAGAGUUUGCAUUGCUUGGCUAUGAGACUUGUAGAGGAGAGGAUUUCUCAUCCAGAAAAAUAUAGAGAUGAGGAUCCUAAGUUGGAGUUUGAAGAUCCGAGUCUUUAUCAUUACGCUAUUUUUUCUGAUAAUGUGAUUGCUGUGUCAGUUGUGGUGAGGUCUGUGGUGAAGAAUGCGGAGGAACCCUGGAAACAUGUUUUUCAUGUUGUUACUGAUAGAAUGAAUGUGGCAGCCAUGAAGGUUUGGUUUAGGAUGAGGCCUGUGGAAGGAGGUGCUCAUGUGGAGGUUAAGGCUGUGGAGGAUUUUAGUUUUCUGAAUUCUUCAUAUGUUCCAGUUUUGAGGCAACUUGAGAAUCUUAAAUUGCAGAAGUUUUACUUUGAGAAUCAGGCUGAGAAUGCUACCAAGGAUGUGAGUAACAUGAAGUUCAGGAAUCCCAAAUACUUGUCAAUGCUGAAUCAUCUUCGAUUUUAUCUGCCAGAGAUGUAUCCCAAGUUGCAUAAGAUUUUGUUUUUGGAUGAUGAUGUUGUAGUUCAAAAGGAUCUAACAGGGUUGUGGAAGAUUGACUUAGAUGGGAAGGUGAAUGGGGCUGCUGAGACCUGCUUUGGGUCAUUUCAUCGGUAUGCACAGUAUCUGAACUUUUCACAUCCUCUAAUUAAAGAGAAGUUUAAUCCAAAGGCUUGUGCGUGGGCUUAUGGAAUGAAUGUAUUUGAUCUUGAUGCUUGGAGACGGGAAAAAAGCACUGAGCAAUAUCAUUACUGGCAGAACUUGAAUGAGGAUCGUACUCUAUGGAAAUUGGGUACUCUACCACCUGGUUUGAUCACCUUUUACUCCACAACAAAGUCAUUGGACAAAUCAUGGCAUGUGCUUGGUCUUGGGUACAAUCCAAGCAUUAGCAUGGAUGAGAUCAGCAAUGCAGCAGUCAUUCAUUACAAUGGAAACAUGAAACCUUGGCUUGACAUUGCCAUGAAUCAAUACAAGAAUCUCUGGACUAAAUAUGUAGACAGUGAUAUGGAGUUUGUUCAGAUGUGCAAUUUUGGCUUUUAGAUGAACACCAAUCCUGCUGCAGUAUUAUGGGCCAGGUACACAACAAGAAGUUGCGAGUGUUCAUACUGGGUUACUUUGUUAGAACAUUUUGGAUUUCAUAUAUAAUUGAAGCUUUCAAAUUGAGUUGUAUUUAACCAAAGUAGUAAUGUACACGCAGAAUGAUUCUUUUGAUUGAAUUUUUCUUUUUUUAUUCAA